GCAACAUGGAGCUGUGUUCCCUGGCUCUAUUAAACAGUGAUUAAUAUUCAGUAAAUUCAGCCAGAAGUGCUGCUCGGUGUCUCAAGGGGAACAGGAGGAUUGAAGGUAAAAUGAAGUGAGAAACACACUGAUCCCAGGCACAGUCACAUGUGAUAAUCACUGCCUUUUAGCAAGAAGGGGAAGCACAGUAUUAACAGCAAUGCCACAGAAAUUGAAAAAGAGUAAUCAAUGUUUCAGUAAGAGUGAAUUAUGAUAUGCUUUUGGAGGGGUCACUGUUUCAUGUCACACUGCUGCUUUUUCUAUAGAAAUUUUUUUUAUCACUUUGUCUGGUGUUUCUCCUGUUGGAUCCUGCUAGAAUUUGAAAUUAUCAGUUAAAAUUAAGUGAUAAUCUACUGAUUAUCACGCUGAAAAUAAAAUUAUCACACUGAUAAUAAAAAGCCCCAGAAAAAAUUGGUAAAUUGCACUUCUUUUCUACAUUGAACCCCACCAGUUCCAAAAACCAUACAUAGAGGAAAGGCUAUUUUACAAUUCUGCUGGGUCUUUUCUUCUAAGACUUCUACAACACACAAAAGAUUUUAGGGAAAAGAGACAAAAACAAUAUUGGCCAAAUCCCGUAGAAAUACAAAGCCAAUAGGUCAUGUUUCUUUCUUUCUUACUUCUCCAUUGGGACCCAGAAACCUUCUUCCAGCAGACUAGGGUGGAUGGAGGGAUGGAUAGAUAGAUAAACUAAUGCUAAGGCAGGUUUAUACUGCACCACUAACUUUUAUAAUUAGAGAAUGGUAAAUAGUUUUUAGCCUGCCUUGGGAGAAUUCAUUACGUUCAUGAAUCCAUUGGUUCUGCUCUGCAACUCUAAAAUCAUCAACUCUGAAAUGCAGGCUAAUGAUUCACCAGUUUAAUGUGAAUGGACUGUGGUUCCAACAUGGGGCAACAAGUUUCCAUAGUUGCUCUCCUGCCUUUAACCAACAUUUAUGCACCAGUCCCAGGUGGUUUCCAAGAAGAAACAGUAACACAUUACUACAGAGCAUUUUUUUUUCUGUCUCAGCUAUUCAAAAGAGAAAGAUUAGGUGAACACAAUUAUGUGCAUGUAAUAAUAACCCUCUGAAUGGCCAUGAGCACUAACAGAGAUUUUAAGCAGCUCUACAAGACAGAGAAAAUUAAUGGGUCAUUGAAUGGAACCUGCUGACAUAAUCAGCUGCAGGACAAACAGUAUCUAGGAUAGGAGGAUCAACAUGUAUUCCCUGUGAUGGAAGGUGUUUAGGGGGGCUUGGAUGGCCAUGCAGGAAUUUUGGGUGAGGGACCUGGGAGUGAAAACUCUCAGCUGCAGGACUGACACAGCAGGAGGCUACCAGGUAAGAGGGAUGGUGGCAGAGCCUUAAAAUGGGAGGUAGAAGAGGUGCUGAAUAUAUAUAUAUAUUUAUAUAUAUAAAUAUAUAUGUAUGCAUAUAUAUAUACACACACAUAUAGAUCUACACGUAUACCUGUAACUUCAUAUAUAUAUAUAUAUAUAUAUAAUGCUAUAUAUAUUUAUUAUAUUGCAAAUUCUUUCACUUCAAAGUCAGUAGAUUGGAUCCACACAGGUAGGACAAUGUGAGUGCCAGGACAGAAAAGGUACUGGAGGAGGGAGAGGAAUCUGAACUCCAAUUAAAAAGGUCAAUAACACGACCUUCAACCCACUCCCCUGAGGGUAGGGGCGGGGAGAGAAAUAAUUGGGAAUGAACAAACUCAGAGACCCUUUCUGCUCCUAGAAGGGAACGGUCAGGUCUGCAGAGAUCUCACGAUGCCCUUCACUGAACUAGUUCAACAUCUAAAAUCAGAACUCGUAGCUACUGCUCUUCUGAUCUGACUGGAAGGCUUUAGAAAUCCCUUCAAAACAGGGAGAGGAACAGGCCAACAAAAAGACACAGGCAGAAACGAUCAGGAAUUGCCAGUGACAAAGAGGGAAAGAGAAAAAGCAAAAACCUGAAGGGCAGAGGACAGAAAGGGGUAGGGUAGGAAGAAAAGACUGGAUUCAACACACAACACGGAACCUGCUCCUUCUCCUGGUCGCUGGGCUGGUGAGGAUGAACUGAAACUAGGAAGGACAAGAAGACUUUGAGCAGCCUGAGACACCAAGAGGCCACAGAAUCACCUCACGGGAAUGCACAGCUCAGACAUGAUCUGCUUUGUUUUGGGAUGUUCUUUAUGGUUCCCCCAAGUAAGAGGUGAGGAAGGCUGCCUCAAUGCUGAAUUCUGUGCAGGCACAGAGUGGGACCGUUUGUGGUAUAUCUGGGUAGUGGUGGUGAUUGGUGGGCUCCUGCUCCUGUGUGGCGUGGUGUCUGUCUGUGUGAGGUGCUGUUUUCAGUGCCAUCAGACAGGGGAUGAGUCGGGGCCGCAGCCCUACGAGGUCACCGUCAUCGCUUUCGACCACGACAGCACCCUCCAGAGCACCAUCACCUCUCUCCACUCGGUGUUCGGGCCUGCUGCCAGGAGGAUAUUAGCAGUGGCACGCUCCCACAGUGCUGCCCAGGGAACACCGCCCCUCUCGGGGUCGGACACUCCCCCGCUGUACGAAGAAGCCCUGCACAUGAGCAGAUUCACCGUGGCCAAGGCGGGCCAGAAAGUGCCAGACCUGGAUCCCGUGCCAGAGGAAAAGCUGCAGAUACCUGCUGAGGGCAAGGAUGCCCGGCCAGCCCUCCCAGGACAAUAGUGUCUGGUUUUAACUCAUGGCAAAUAAUAUGGAACAGUUACAUGCAGAGACUAAUUCAUCUGGGCAGGGUUAGGAAUCUCAGAUUAACUUCCUUAGUCUAACAAGAAAGGGGGGGGGGGGGGGGGGGGAACACUAAAAUUCAAAAUAUUUUCAGAGCUAUGGUAGUUUGAUGCCUCUUUCUGUCACCUCCGUGAGAUGGUUGGCCACUGGCAUUCUCCAAGUCCAUUUGUUAACACACAACACCAGUAGCAGAGCUGGCACAAAUAAGCAGGCAGCAGGAUCAAGGUGCUGAGCCAUUUUGCAGGCCAGUGACCUGCAGGGUGAUGGCAGAGGCGUCUCAUUCCUCCUGCCUCCAUCCUGAGUUUCCUCAGGAUGGCAGAGAGGAUUUCAAAACAGACAAAACUGAAACCAAACCAAACCAAACAAACAAAAACCACACCAAAGCAAAAAAAGACAUGUGAGAAGGUCUGUUAAGACCCAAAAAUAACACCAAACUUCUGGAAAGUGCCAAACAUUAUAGUCAUUUUUAAAACAAACAAACAAACUGCAUGUAAACAAAAGACAGCAUAUAUACAGACAGUCUGUGCAGUAUGUGCCCUAAAUGUCCUCCAGGAUACACAGAAUGAAGACAGUCUGGUUCUGAAUAGGAUAUAUAGCAAUUCUGAAAUAGUAGCCUGUUAUAUCUGAAUUAAAAAAUAUUAUAUAGGUGCCAACAGAUCAAAGAAGGGGAGGAGCAGGAACACUGCCCCUGAAAUAAAGCUCAAUCAUCUUUUAA